AAGCGAAGGAACCCAGUCUCUUUCUCUCUCUCAAAAUCAAAAUUGGCAGAGCUAAAGCCUAAAGCCAUGGCCUCCAUCCAUCUCCUCCACGGCCUGUCGCCGACUACUCCCAAAACCCUAAAAAUGAUGCCCAAAUUCCACUCCUCCUUCCCGUCCACCAUCGCCAACAGGUCGCUCUCUUUCCCCAAAUCCAAAUCGAGGACCAUCACUUGCUCCGGCGCGACGACACCCGCCACAGAUCGGUUAAUCUCAGCCGUCUCUUACACUCUCCCCUUCUUCAAUUCCCUCCAGUACGGUCGCUACCUGUUCUUCCAGUUCCCCAAACUGGGCCUCCUCUUCGAGCCGCUGCUUCCCUUGUUGGGCCUCUACCGGUCCAUCCCCUACUCGAGCUUCGUCGCCUUCUUCGCCCUCUAUUUGGGUGUGGUCAGAAACCCUAGCUUCAGCCACUAUGUCAGGUUCAAUGCUAUGCAGGCCGUCACCUUGGACGUCCUCUUGGUCCUCCCGCUCCUCAUUCAGAGGAUCUUCAGUCCGGGUCAGGCCGGUCUGGGCUACAAGCUCAUGGUCUGGGGUCACAAUGGUAUUUUCGUUUUCAGUGUUCUCUGCUUUGUUUAUGGGUUGGUUAGUUCAAUUUUGGGUAGGACUCCUUAUUUGCCCUUUGUUGCUGAUGCCGCCGGCCGCCAGCUCUGAUAAUUGCUCAAAAGGGUUUAAUUUUAUGUGUUUCAGUUUCUUAAUCAAUUCAGGAAACAAAUGCAAUAGCUGUUUAAUGCUUGCUGAUAUUGUUCAUUGUUGAUUUGAA